AUGGAUAAAAUGAAAAUAAACUUCACUGUGACUGAAUUUGUGUUCCUAGGACUUUCAUCUGAGCCAAAGAUACAGCUCAUUCUUUUUGUUGUAUUCUUGUUCUUCUAUUUAUUAACAGUGGUUGGGAAUAUUAUCAUCAUCACCAUUAUCCAGAUAGAACCUCGUCUCCAGACGCCCAUGUACUUCUUCCUCACAAAUUUGUCCUUUCUAGACAUUUGCUACACAUCCACCAAUGUCCCACAAAUGCUAUCCAACAUGGUGGGGAGAAGGAGGACCAUCCCCUUCUCCAGCUGUGCUACACAGAUGUACUUCUCUCUCUCCUUUGGAAUGAUUGAAUGUGUUCUCCUUGGUGUCAUGGCUUAUGACAGAUAUGUAGCCAUUUGUCAUCCGCUUCACUAUACUGUCAUUAUGGACCGGAACACCUGUGUCCAGCUGGCAGCCAUUUCUUGGUCCAGUAGCUUCCUGAGUUCCAUGGUAAUCAAUGUCCUCACCUUAAGUUUGCCCUACUGUGGGCCCAAUGUCCUGAAUCACUUUUUCUGCGAGGUGCCUUCUGUCCUGAGGCUGGCUUGCACGGACACCUCGCUCACAGAGCUGGUUGUUUUCAUCUUCAGUAUUGUCAUUGUCUUCAUCCCUUUCCUCCUCAUUGUUGUUUCCUAUGCCCGGAUCCUUCUCUCUGUUCUCAGAAUGCGCUCAGCCUCUGGGAGGUACAAGGCACUGUCCACCUGUGCCUCCCACCUGACAGUGGUGGCCUUAUUCUAUGGAACUGCCAUCUUCAUGUACAUGAGACCCCAGUCCAAGUCCUCCAGGGCUGGGGGCAAGGUCAUCGCAGUCUUCUACACAGUGGUCACACCCAUGCUCAACCCCUUAAUCUACAGCCUGAGGAACCAGGAUGUGAAAGGAGCUUUGAGAAGAGCAGUUGCAAAACAGAGGACGUGA